CGGUUGCUAGGCACAAAUCAAAAUAACCUAUAAAAAUGUGUAUAGAUUUAUUUAAUUAGAGCUUACUUUGCAAUAGAAAACAAACGAAUGUCAUUCUUGAAAGUCAAUAGAUAAAAAGAUUGCAUUUUAAAUAGAGAAAAGACUUGACUUAUCUUGAGAAAAACAAACGACGAGGAUAAAAGUAGUGAUGUGUAACUUGUGAACUGCUCUAUUUAUUGAUAGAUCUAAAUUAUUGACUGGAUUUUAUAUUUAAUUUGCUAGACGCUGUUGAUGAUGACGGGAAAACAACCGUCUUAUAUAGAGCCACCAUGGGACAGGGGCUUUGUCACCUAUGAUGAGGUUAUGGCAGACAGAGAAAAUGUUGUAAGAUUGGAGAAGAAUGUAAAUCAGAGGGCAACAUGGAAUGAAAAGCUUGAGGAGUCUAGUUGGGGGAAACGAAUCAGAUCAGAGGCAGAUGUUAUCAAAGCUGAAAUGAGAAUGGCUGCAAAAGCAGCAUUAUCUGUCCGACGGGUGGCUCUAAAACAGUUAUUGGAAAAGGAAUAUGAAAUAUGGGAAAAAGAACUCAGUUUAAAAGGAAAAACAUUCUACAAACAGAGGAUAUAGACAUUAAAGUGUUCAUUGUAAUAGAAAAUUAAACAACUAUCAAAAUUUCUUUUGUAAUUGUUAACAAUUAAACACAAGUUAACAUUCUACAAGGGCCUGGUAAAAAAAGAAUUUAAAAUAAUUGUGCAUGUAAAAUAUCAGUAAAUUAAUUACUUUUUUCAUAGUUACUUACACUUUGUUUAUUUUUACAGAAUGAUUCUUUACAUAUUGGAAAAGAAAUUGCAUAUUGUGGGUAAUGUAAAAAUAUUGUAGAAGAUAAUUAUUUGUUACUCAAACUUUGUCAAUUACAGUCAAUGAGGUCUUCACUUUAACUUUACUAUUUUGUCAUUUUCAUUUAUUGAAAUACAAGAAUGGAAUUGUGUGUCUGUAUUUUAAUGUUCAUGUCUUUUACUUUGAUCAGUAUUACAGCUUUAUUACAUUUUAGAAGUCAAUAUUUUAUGAACAUGGGAUAAAAACUGUAUAUUUAGGUUUCACCCAUUUUUCAUAAAGAAUUACCAAAGAUAUUAACAAAAUUACAAAUACAGCAUUAUUUUAAAGGCCUAAUGGUCAUAAAAAGUAUUGCUAUUAUAUAUUUUUACUAUCAGCAUUUAUUAUUAGUUAGGUUUUUAAAGACUAUGUUUAAAAUAAGUUUGUUUUUUUAUAUUUUUUUAGUUAUACAUGUGAGAUGAAAUGAGGUUUUAUAAAGCUAUUGAUCUGAAUAAAGUAUGUUUAAUAUGAUAUCUCUUCAAACCUUGGGAAACUAUUUUGCAAUAUUUAUAUUGAAAAAUGCAUUUAAGUACAAUUAGGUAGAGAAUUAUCAAAUUGAAAACAAACUUUCAGUGACAAUUGUGUAGAAUUUAUGUUCUGCUAAAAAUGUGAUUUAUUAUUGAACACAUCUGUGAUAUACAGGACUAGUAUGUGAUUAACAUACAAGUUGUUGCUUUAAUCAAACUUUAUAAUUAUACAUUUAUAGUUAUUGUAUUAUGUAAAUAAAAAGUUUGAAUGCUCAA